AUUAUCAAUCUCCUGCUUAUUAGAUACCAAAUGUUAACUAUGUUUUUUUCUAUCCUCAAGUAGAACAGAAAAAGAAAGGCCGGUCUACUAGUGGGCCUCUGUCUGUGUCUCAUUGGUUGAACCGCAACAUGUUCGGUCCGAUGGAGCCCAAAUAUGGAAGAAGAUACACACCAAACUCGAAGCUUCUUUCUCAAACUUUGUCGCCGAAGACUAGAGAAUCUUUAAUUUCCUUACCCAGAAACCAGAUUCACACCCAACCCCCCUUCUUCGAAAGAAGACAAGCCAUGUCGGAUUCUUUAGUGACGGCGAUAUACAGUUGGUUCACACCGACAGUACUAUUCAUCUUCCUCAACUUAAUAAUUGGCACCAUUGCAAUUUCCUCUUCUCUAUCUUCCAAAUCCAACGAUCCAAACCAAACUCAGAUCCAACGCUCUCCUUCCGUGAUUCACCGUCUCAAGUCCAUUAACUUCUCCUCUUUCACUUCCCCACCUGACAAAACUCAUCUCCAGUUCCCUCCUGUCGCAACAACUCCAGACAUCGACAAAGAACCAGCUUCCAUCGAACAGAACCAGCCUUUUCUUUCUAGAUCUCCUUCUGUUCUCCACCGAAUCAAAUCUUUCAACCUCUACAAUUACAUUUCUCAAGAACCCAUCACCGUCGCUGAAUCGCCGCCGCCGCCGCCGCAACCGUCUGUCCCCGCCGUUGAGGAAGAGGAAGACACAAGUCCGAGCCUUGAGGAGGUUUACAGCAAGCUGAAUCUGCACCAUGUGGCUCGCACAAAGUCUGAUACCGAGCCAGCUGCUGGAGUUAUCCCACCGAAGCUUCCCAAGAAGAUGAAGAAAUCAGCAAGUACCAAAUCUCCUUUCUCUCAUUUCGAGGAAGCGGAAGACGCCGUGGAGGCUCGUCGGCCGGAGACGGUUAGGGUCACGAGGGUGACUCCAGUGGAAGAGGCUGAUGAACAAGUAGACGCCAAAGCUGAUGACUUCAUCAAUCGUUUCAAGCAUCAGUUGAAGUUACAAAGGAUUGAUUCCAUCACCAAGUACAAGGAGAUGGUCAAGAAAAGAAACGACAAGUGAAAUAAAAAUUAUGGGGUCUUUUUAUUAAUUAUGUAUUAAUUUUGAGGACUGUUUUUAUAAUUACCUGGUUGUAUUCUCAAUUUGAUGUAAUGGUUUUUGUUCUUCCAGUGUGCUUAUCCAAUUUGUGAACUGUGACUGCUCUCUUCUUC